CAGAAUUUGAGCAUGGUUCAAAAUGAAUUAGGUUGCGUUCUGCAACUUAGGAUUGAAGUUGCUCAUUCGUUUGCCUUACGCUCCAAUAGCACGCUCGUUGUUUGACCUUCAAGGGCGUAACUACUUGCAUUUUGUACUGUAUCUAAAUCCGACCUUAGGCGCGGUAGUCGAAAUGAUCAUCUUAGUGCCAUAAUCCGAUACUGUAAGCAUUUUAUGCUGCAUUUAUUCCCGAAUUAUUUUCAUCUUAAAUCCUGCACUGUAUAUUCGCACUAUGAUAAAUUUUAUGUUAUUGUUUAGUCGUCAAGGUAAAGUGCGACUUCAAAAAUGGUAUAGCUCUUAUACGGAGAAAGAAAAGAAAAAGUAUUUACGCGAAAUUAUUUCUCUAGUCUUUGCGAGGAAACCAAAAAUGUGCUCGUUUCUAGAAUGGCAAGACCUUAAGAUUGUGUACAGAAGAUAUGCUAGUCUCUAUUUUGUGUGCGCUAUUGAUCAGACAGAUAAUGAAUUGAUUACAUUGGAGAUUAUUCAUCGUUACGUGGAGAUUCUGGAUAAAUAUUUUGGAAAUGUCUGUGAAUUGGACAUAAUCUUCCACUUUGAAAAAGCUUACUUUGUUUUGGAUGAAUAUUUACUAGCUGGUGAAGUACAAGAGACAGGGGCAAAAGAAAUUCUUUCUGUGAUAGAUGCACAAGAUAUAAUUCAAGAGGAUGAAGUCCCACAAAAACUUUUCGAAGACCAAAGUCUCAAUUGACAGUAGUACUUUAUUUGGGUCGCCAGAUUAUUUAAGUCUUACGUUUACCUCCCUCCAUGGCAUUGUCAGAUGUUCUUGAAAAUAAACUUUACUUUUCUACUGCCUUGAUAUUAAUAUUGUCUUUCUUUAAAAUAUGAAAGUUGUCGUUAUCUACGACUAACUCUAUGCAAAGAUAUAGGGUAAGAUGACAAGUAACCGAAUAGAUUCAGUGGUGUGUAGAAAUAACUAUGCAUAUAGUUUUUUCAUCAUUUUGGAAAGAGCAAGAACGAAACUUUUAAAGAAGAUAACAUGAAUUUAUCUUAUUUCGUUCAGUUCUCGUUAGUUGCCUUCAACCUAUAGUGUUUAAAAGUAAAAAUUACAAAGUGGGUUUAAGUUAUGUACAUGAAAGUGUUUAUUUAGAAGUUGCUGUGAUCACACAUUCAUAUAAUGUAGCAACGAUGUAUAUAAACUUAACAAACUAAAUAAAAUAUUAUAAAUGUAUAUCUUAUGUGGAAGAAUAUUUUAUAACAUUGUUAGUAACACAAGAUCAAAGGGUUAGAAACAGUUAGUUACAUAACAAACGAACACCGAUAAUAAGGAUAAAUUAAGCGAAGUUCAUUUGCUCGCCUCCGUGUCUAUAAAUUUACUUGCAUCUUUCAAACGAGCUACAUUAACCGUACAAUAAUGAGAGCAUAUCUUAGAUUGUGUAGACACGCUCCCAAACCCCUUCGGACAAGAGAAAGUACUACUUUAAAUAACUCGAACACUAAAUACCUUUUGGACACAGGACAUCAAGUCAAUACCUUAAAAUCCUUCAAGGAUAUUAAUAAACAACCAAACUCCAGUCAUUUGAAGUUCACUAAAACUAUCUUUAUCAGACGUCAGAGAGAUGGUUUCUAAUCUUUCUUUGCCCUGGUGACAAACAUGUUUUCCAUUACGUCAUUAAAGGCUGUCCAACUUUUUUUAAUUAGUUGCAUCAGUAUGCCUGUAUUGUGAAUGUCUUCUACAUUGUUAGCCUUAUUUUACCAAGCAGAACUUUGUUGAUUUUAUCCUUCUUAUCGGCAUCUGUCUAUUGCGUAACCACUUGUUUCUAGCCUUUUCAUCUCAGGUUACUAUCAAUCUUGUAAAAUAUUCUUUCAUAUAAGAUAUAUAUUCACAAUAUCCUUGUCUCUUAAUUUUUUUCAUAUUAUUGCUAUACUGUAUUGAUUUUGAUCAUAGCAACCUUUAAAUAUUGCAGGAUGCAUGUAGCUGGCGAGAACGAAACGAAAUAAAAUGAAUCCAUGCUAUUCUGAUAUAACUAUUAUAUAUAUACCUUUGAGAAACCAGACUAUAUGAGAUACGAAACCAAUUGUCCUUCCGUCUGGUGGAUGUCGAUAAUUCUGUUAUUUUCAUCUUUUGAUGGAUCCUGGUUUUGUGUGAAGACGCUGACAAAAUGCAGAGUCUUCUAAUAACUCUAAUCAACAAUGCAAGCAUGUUCGGGAUGCGAUUCUCCCCCUCGAAAUGCAAAAUCUUGCUUCAGGAUUGGGUUACAUCGACACCCGAACUAAUGAUAGGGAGUGAAGUAAUUGAG